AAACGCUGAAACUUUUUUAGCUCAAUUUGACCUAAAUUGGAACAGUAACUGCAUUCGAACCAGUCUUUUUACAGACUCUCGCUUUUCUCCCCCGCUUCGGUCUCUCAUCAUCAUCUUUCUUCCCUCUUCACUUUCACUCUCUUUUUUCAGAUGAUGAUAAAAGGAGGAAGAAGCGGGAAUGCCCAAAAUAUUUGUAUAACACUUCCUGAUGCGAUUCACGGCUUCGAUUGUAGUUACUCUCUCUCUCUCUCUUUAUUUCUUUCACUUUUAUUUAUCUUCUCUUUCUUUUUGUGUAUGUUUUUUGAAUGAGGAGGAGAAACGACGAUGAUGAUGAUUAGUGAGUCUCUCAACUUCCCCCAGGUCACUUUUCGAACUUUAGUUCGUAAUUGUAAUCGUAAAGAGAAGAAGAAUAUUUUUUCGUUUAUUUUCCGUUAAUUUUUCUCAUGUUAUGAACAUUUUUGCAUAGGAACUUUUUCAUUUUCCACAUCUCUCCCUCUCUUUCUUCAUUGUCUUUGUCAUCAUCAUCAUCAUCUUCAUCUUCUUCAUCUGUAUCAUCCUCAUCAAUUUCAUCCAAGGGAGGAAAGGGAGAGAGAGAGAGGGAGAGGGAUCUUGUGUGAUUAGAAUCAACAUAAUCCAUAAUCUGAUUCUUCCAAAAAUCAUCGACAAUUAAAUUAAUUGGAAUACAAUUUGCAAAUUGGUGCUUCAAUAUUGUGAUCUCUCUGUGAUUAUAAUUUAAUCUGCUCUUGUAUUCUUGUGUGUAUUGAUUACAAUUAAUGGAUUUAAUAAUUACAAAAAUUGUCAAGUUCAUCAAUUCGGAUUACACUUUUUGUUACUUUGUUCAUCUCACCAAAUUGAUUGCUAAUUGCUGAUUGAGAGACCAAAUUGUCAAAUACAAGAAAUAAGUAUAAUUGCUUAAUAAUCUCUGAUGGAUUGAUUGUUGAUUUUGAUUGAUUAUUAUUUCUAAUUUAAUAAUUAAUACUAAAUUAAUCCUAAUGAAUGAUUAUGCUUGUUCCUUUUGUUUGUUUUUCUUUCUUUUAAUUACAAUUCAAAACCAUGGCCUGGAUUAACUAAUCAAUACAAUUCAAACUAAGCUGACCAAUCAACAAAAACACUGUAGUACACAUCACCAAUCAAUAGCAACAAUUAACACCAACGUUUGUUUCUUUUAAUUGAAAUGAAGCCAAAAUUCCGUCUCUACAUCAAUGAAAAUUUACCUCGAGUUAAUUACAACGUAAUUGAAGAGGAAGUUCCAUUGGAUUUAAGUGUUAAACGUUUUAAUCCAAUUAAAUCAUCUCCAGUUUACCUUUCAUCUCAUGACCACCCCCUUGAUUUAGCUCCAACUGAUUCAACUCAUCGCCAUCACUUGCAUGCGACUCAUCAUUUACUAAUUACCAAUGGUCAUCACACAAGCCACACUCAUAAUCAUCACCAUCAUUCACACUUGACUCAUCUAAACAAUCAAAUAAAUCAUCAUAUUAAUCAACACAUAAAUCACCAUCUCAACCAUCACCUUAAUCAUCAUCACCAUCACCACAACGAUCGUCAUCAUCUUCCACUAAAUCACCAUCAUCUUAAUCAUCAUUUAAACCAUUCAAUUCAUCUAAUUCAAUCACCAAUACAAUCACCAAUUCAUUUAGAUUCAUCAUCUUCAUCGCCCCCAACAAUUGUUGAACAAUCAAAAUGGAAUGAAAAUAAUAACAACAACAACGAGAGUAAUAAUAAGCUUAAUAAUAACAAUUUAAAUACUAAGAACUUGAUUAGCAACAAAAAUGCCGAUAAUUUAAACAACAACAACAAUAGUAAGGACACUAAUCACCACAAUCAGGUGAACAAUAACCAUAAUCAUAAUCACAACAGCAACGGCAACGGUAACAGCAACCACAACAAUCACAGCUACAAUCAUAAUCACAAUCACAACCACAAUCACAAUCAUAAUCACAACCAUAGUUACAAUCAUAAUCAUGAUGAAGAUGAGGACGAUGAUGAGGAUGAUGAAAACGAAAACGAAAAUGAAAAUAUUAAAAACAAUGGAAACACAAUUAACUUGAAUGGUGAUUGUACUGAUUCCACUGAAGCCGAUGAUCAUCAAACAUCAAUUCAUUCCCCUGCCUCUGAUAAUUGUAACGAUUUAAUUAUCAAUGGUGUUAAUUGUUCUAAUAAUAAUCGACGCACUUCUCGGCCAUUGAUGGGGAAACACGUUCGUCGAGGGACUGGAGCUUCGCCUCAGAUUUUAUCUCGACUGAAGUCGAUUCUUCAGGACAAACAGAGACUUCGAGAGGCCGGAUUAGUCCCUUCCAAUUGGAAACGGAAAAAGAUGGCGAAAGCCUAUAAUUAAUUGUUAACAAUUAACUAAUCACUAAUGAUGCUAAUUUUUUUGUAUCUUCUCUUUUUCUUUGUAUCAAUCAACCUUUACUUUCCCGCUACUACUUAUCAUUAAUAUUAUUGAGUCAACAAAUUAAUUAAUUUCUCUCUUUCUUUCUCUGUAUUCUAGCUAAUUUAUAAAUUGCUAAUUUAAUUUUUCUCUCAUUGUGUAUUAAAACAAUUGAUCGAAAAGAAAGUGGAACUAAUUAAAUGUUGACAACCAGUUCAACCCUUUUCCAAACUGUA